AAAACUGGGGAAGGUGCCAGCUUGGGUGCCAGCAGGAGGCUGUUGCGGUUUGAUCUAAGGAGUGGGAUCACGCUAUGAUUGUGAUGGGACGCCACAAUGAGUAGCUGAGGAAGCACUAUGUUCUAACAUUUUACCUGUUAACUAUGGAUGAGACCGUUGCGCCUUCAGAAGGUCGGGCAGUGACCAAUGGUGAAGUGGAUGAAAACCAUCUCUCAGACCAGCUGGAAUCUCUGGCAGUGUCAAAGGAGCCUGGCAAAUCUGAGGCCAGACCCCAGCAGACACCCAGCGAUGAUGGAGCCGAGAGUGACAGUAGGAAGGGGUCCACUCAGAGCAGGUCCAAGGAUACGACGCAGAAUGGAGAGGAGGGCAGAGAGGGUCAGCAGCCCCCGCCGGAGACUGGCGGGGAAGCUCCCGUGAUCACUGACUCCGGGCCGCUGAUCUACCGCUGGGAGCCGGUGGAACCGGAGGGACCGGACACGGCAGGCACAGAGCAGCAGCCUCUUACCUUCCCUGCGGACCUCAUCGCCAAAGAUAUGGGCACCAAGCACUGGCGGCCACAGGGAGUCACAAAGAAGAUGAUGGAGACCUACCAUAUCUACCAAAUCAAAAAGCCGCCGUCACACCACAAGAACGCCAAGUACGUGUGCCGUGUGUGUGAGCUGCACUGGGACACACUGCAGGCCGUCCAGAAACACGUCAGCGAGCAGCGGCACGCAGAGAGCACCCGGCGGCACCAGGAGCUGACGGCGGUGCACUCGCUGCCGGAGCCGACGGCCGCGCAGACUGAGUGUCUGACGGCGCUGCUCACUGAGGUGUACCGGGAGCACGGCCUGACCGAGGGCCGGCUGGCGGAGCGGCGCGCGGUGGCCGACCAGCUGAAGGACACGCUGCGCCGCGGACUCGGCGAGGGCGGAGACUGCUCGCUGGAGGUAUACGGCUCGUGCCGGCACGGCUGCGGGUUCACUGACUCGGUGCUGGACCUGGCUCUGCUGCCGGCUGAGGAGAGCCGCGGCGCCGCGCAGCUCACACAGGCCAUACAGACGCUGCAGGACAGCGAGCUUUUCACAGAUGUGGAGCACGACUUCACGAGCUGGACGCCGCACGUGGGCUGCGUGCACGCGUCCAGCGGCCAGCGGUGUCAGCUGGCGCUGGGCGCCGAGCGGGACGUGUUGCUGGCCCGGCUGGUGGAGCUGUACGUGGGACUGGACGGCCGCGCGGCGCCGCUGGCAGUGGCGCUCCGACACCUGGCCAGGGUAUGUGAGAUGGACCGUCCGCACGCGGGCUCGCUGCCGCCGUCAGCGUUCGUGCUGAUGACCAUCUUCUUCCUGCAGCAGUGUGAGCCGCCCGUACUGCCGGCGCUGCACCAGAUGGUCGGCGCCAACAACGACGACGACCAGCUCGACUUUGAGGCGGCGGCGGCGGCCUGCGGCUCGUGGCGCAGUGACAACACAUCCGACCUGGGCACCCUGUGGCUGCGCAUGCUGCGCUUCUACGCUCUUGAGCUGUCCGACAGCGACGCCGUGGUCUCCAUUCGGCAGCGAGAGCUGGUCACGCGAGCCGACAAGGGCUGGAACAGCAAGAAAAUCUCCAUAGAGGACCCUGUGCAGAGUAAGCGGAACAUCAGUCGCAGCAUCAGCAGCGCGGCGGUGGCCGAUGUGAUGCUGGACCGUCUGCGCGCCGCGUGCCUCCUGUUCGGGGUGCCGCGGACCGCCGACGGGCCGGCCAUCCACCUGGUGGCCGGCCGGGGCCCGCCGCCGGCCGCCGCCGCCCGGCUGGCCGCUCUGCUGGAGGGUCUGAGCGCCGAGCAGAUGCAGUACCAGUUCAACCGACAGCUGCUCUGCGGAGAGGCGAGUAUGCCGGUGGUAUGCAGCAUCUGCCAGAAGGCCAACCACCUCCCUGACGACUGUCCCACUCUGGUGGUGCCUCCGGCCAGACAGCUGCCGCCGCCGACCGCCAAACAAGUCCAGCUGCUCGACAGGCUCUGCUCCGACGUAUUCAGCGACUGGGCGCCGCCGGCGCACGAGUACCAGGUGCGGGAGAACAUGCUGCGCACAAUCGAGGACUUUAUCCGACACCAGGCGUUCCCGUCGGCGCGCCUCACCCUGUUCGGCUCGUCGUGCAACGGUUUCGGGUUCCGAAACUCCGACCUGGACAUCUGCCUGACGUUCGACGACUGCUCGGACCCGCAGUCUCUGGACCAGCCGGACAUCAUCCUGAAGCUGGCCGAGACGCUGAAGAGGCUGCGGUUCAUCUACAACGUCAUCCCUAUCAGCACGGCUAAGGUGCCGAUCGUCAAGUUCACGGACCGCCGCUCCCGUCUGGAGGCGGACAUUAGUCUGUACAAUACGCUGGCGCAGCACAACACACUGCUGCUGCACACGUACGCCAAGCUGGACAGCCGGGCCAGGAUACUCGGCUACAUGGUGAAGCUGAUGGCCAAGAUCUGCGACAUUUGUGACGCCUCGCGCGGCAGCCUCUCCAGCUACGCGUACACGCUGCUGCUCAUCUACUACCUGCAGCGCUGCAAGCCGGCCGUGCUGCCGGUGCUGCAGGAACUGGACGCCGACAGCCGGCGGCCGCGGCUGGUCGACGGAGCCGACGUGUCCUUCUUCACCGAGCUGGGACGGCUGAGAGAGCUCUGGCCGGACGCCGGCCGCAACACCUGCUCGGUCGGAGAGCUGUGGAUCGGCUUCCUGCGCUUCUACGGCGAGCACUUUGACUUUGAGCGGAACGUGGUGUGUAUCCGCCGGAUGGAGGUGCUCAGCAAGUUCGAGAAGCUCUGGAACGGCUCGUUUAUCGCCAUCGAGGACCCGUUCCUGCUGUCGCAUAACCUGGGAGGUGGCGUGCGGCGGAAAAUGGCGUCGUUCAUCCGCCGGACGUUCCUGCUGUGGCGUCUACACCACAUGCGUCCGAUCCCCAACUCCCUACCGCACGGAUACAGGGACUUCAGGGCGUUCCUGAUGUCGUCCGACUACCUAUCCGAGGGGCCGCCGCCGAACGCCGGCGGCUGCCACUCGUGCGGCCGCAUCGGCCACUGGGCGGCCGACUGUCCGCGCCGCCGGCCCCGCCGACCUCCGGCCGCAGGUAAACAGCCGCCUCAGGCGCCCGGCCAGCCCAACGGCCCGGCCCGCUCCCCGACCAAAGGACAGGGCCCGAACCGGUCACCGACCAAAGGGAACGGUCCGAACCACUCCCCGACCAAAGGGGACAACCCUGCCAGCUCCCCUACCAAAGGCGACGGUCCAGCCUCCUCCCAAACCAAACCAGACGGUCCGGCCCGGCCCCAGACCAAACCAGACGGACCGGCCCGACCCCAGCCAAAGUCCUCGGCCAGGAGAGGCCAGGACGGCGCGGCGCCGGCCGUUGGUGUCAGCCCCGCUGCAGCAGCAGCAGCGGCGGCCGCAGCAGCGGCGGCCGCAGCUGUGACCGCUGCUGCCGCCGCUGCUGCCGCCGCUGCUGCGUCCACCGGGGAUGCCGGUCCCAACAGCGCUGUGUCGCCGGCGGCUCUGGCCGCGGCCGAGGCAGUUGAGGUCGCCGCGGCCGCUCCCACCGCCAAGAAAAGACAGAGGCAUCGUACCCGCCGCCGGAAACCGGACAAGGCCGGCCCGGCGGCGGGCGCGCCGGAGCAGCCCGAGCCGCAGAGCACGCUCGUCUUUUACAACUCCAGACAGGGUGGCGGCGCGGCGCCGGCCGCGGACGUCGCCUCUGUGUGAGCGCGGCGGCUCUCCCCCUCCCAUCUGUCCCGGGUCGGUGCGGGACUGCCGGGCGCGCUGGGCGGCUGUGGCGGCGGCGGGGCCGGCCGGAGAGGCGCCGGCGAGUGGCGCAGAGGCAACAGUCGACUUAAAGUAUCCGGCGGCGGCCGGAGCGGUUACUGGUGGCGGGUGAGGGCGGCCGCACCAGAACCCCCGGACGGCAGGCCGCAACUUGAUGGUGCUGUGUUGAAAUCGAUAGUGACGUCCCAGAAAAUGUGCAUCCCAUCAUAAUCAUCGGUGAAUCGACUGGGGACGAGGCUUUAUCCGUUAUCGCUUUGUUAUUGCUUGACAGAUGUUUUAGAAAUUGAAUACAAACAUGAUCCAUA